AUGACCAGCACAACAAGACCUCCCGAUUUGCCUUCGAGGACAGCGACGACAGGCAGUACUUCUGCCCUCCCACAGUCUGCAGCCGCGCGACAGCGUCUAUCGCAACGCACCUCCAGCCAUCAAGGUACCUCGCCAUCCCCGAGGCCCGACCCUCUGCUCCGAAGACGCUCUUCGCUCAUAUCCUAUUCGAGUUUCGAGGACCUGAGCGAGAUUGUAAGCCCAAAGACCGGUAGCAGAAAAGAUCACGAUGAAGACAACGAGCUCACACACUGGCACUCGUCGCCUCUGGCGUUCGCCAUACUGCCUGCGCUGGGCGGGCUGGUGUUCAAGAAUGGGUCGGCCUUUGUGACGGAUGUGCUAUUGCUUGGGCUGGCAGCCAUAUUCAUGAACUGGAGCAUAAGACUGCCGUGGGAUUGGUACUACUCAGCUCAAACGCUACGGCAAGACGUGGGGCCAGACAUCGAGGACGAAAUAGCUAUCGGGACUGGUUCGUCCGCAGGCGGAUCUCCAGGGUCUUCACAAAAUGGCCAUGCCGAUGGCAAGUCACAAGCUGAGCCACAUAACAAUCGCAAGCGCGAAGAGGCAGUCGCGGAGCUGAGACGGCAGGAAUUACUGGCGCUGGGUGCUACUUUCCUCUUUCCCGUUGGAGCUGCGUACCUGCUUCAUGUUAUCCGCGCCCAGCUAUCGCGACCUUCGACUGGGCUGGUCUCCGACUACAACCUCUGCAUCUUCCUACUGGCCGCCGAGAUUCGACCCGUGCGGCAACUGGUGCGAUUGGCCGCCAGUCGUACUCUUCAUCUUCAGCGCACCGUGACUGGGAUUGACGACCCGUUCUCAUCUGCCCUGGAGGAGAAGAGUGCAAUCACAAGUUUGUCCAGUAGGAUUGCAGACCUCGAGGAGAAGCUAUCAGCGCAAACCAAUGGCACCCCAACCACUGCACAAAAGGCAGAUGUGAGCGACCUCUCAAAGGAGAUUCAGAAACGCUAUGAACCUCGAUUCGAUGGCCUUGAGCGAGCGGUUCGGCGAUACGAAAAGCGCUCCAUCACACUUGCACAAGUCAUGGAGCAGCGUUUGCAGUCCUUGGAGGCACGGCUGCAAGAGGCAUUGAGUCUUGCCGCUGUCGCCGCGCAGCAUUCACAGAACAAAGGUGCUAUCGUAACGCUGUUGGAAACGGUCAGCAACAUGAUUGCUUGGCCGAUGAAACUGUUGCUUUCCUCAACACUCUGGCCAUUCCGUGCCAUUGACGAUCUAUACAUCCGCAUCAAAACGCUACUACUAGGCCCCAUGCCUCCUCGAGUUGCUAAGCGCAAGUCAAGGCAAGAAAGCAGCGGCAGAGAAGAUCGAUCAAAAGAUCGAGCACCUCCACCAGGGAGCAUGCGGAAGAUCGUGCGAUAA